UGCAAUAUUAAUGGUAUGCUUUUAUUUUGUAGCUUGGAUCAUCCUCCUCUGUGCCUUUUACAUCUAUAUUCUCGCAGCUGUUUAUGACUGUUGUAGUCCCCCUUAUUAUUGGACAGAUUGUCCGAAGAUACAUCAAGGACUGGCUUGAAAGGAAGAAGCCUCCGUUUGGUGCUAUCAGCAGCUGUGUGCUCCUGAUGAUCAUCUACACAACAUUCUGUGAUACUUUUGCCAAUCCGAAUAUUGACCUUGAUAAAUUUAGCUUGAUUAUAGUAGUGUUCAUAAUAUUUUCUGUUCAGAUGAGCUUCAUGUUUUUGACUUUCCUCUUCUCUACAAGGAAUAACUCUAGUUUCACACCAGCAGACACAGUGGCUAUCAUUUUCUGUUCCACACACAAAUCCCUCACCCUGGGGAUUCCAAUGCUGAAGAUAGUAUUUGCAGGUUAUGAGCACCUAUCCUUAAUUUCCGUCCCCUUACUCAUCUAUCAUCCUGCUCAGAUUCUUCUUGGCAGUCUGUUGGUACCAACGAUAAAAUCUUGGAUGGUUUCUAGGCAAAAGGCACUGAAGUUAACCAGGCAGCCCAAAGCACCCGUGAAGGUAUAAUUAUGGAGAUGGCCCGUGUCACAGUGAAUGUAUAUAUGUACUAUACUGUACACACAGACAAUUGAGACAACUGGGUAUUUGUGAAUGUUGCUUCAGUGCAUAUUUUAUUUUUAUACAUAUAUAUAUAUAUAUAUAAAAGAUACCUGUUAAGUGCCUUACAGAUGCAGUUUUGGCAAAAGCAUUGUUUCCAGACGCCACUUUGUUGGUUACUGCAAGAGGUUGUAUAGUAUUUUGGAGUCCUUUAGUUUUUAUUUUUCUAACGGAGUGAAUGGUCAUGACUAACAGCUGUUGCUUCCAUUGCCCCUGCUUUGAAGCCAGGGUGCAUCAGCUGUAAGUCUCUGUUUUAAACUCGCCAAAAUGACCAGAAGCCUAUCCCACUGCUGGCUUAACCUGGGGAAAAGCUUUCUGAAGGUUUUUUUUCAAGAUUGACUUGAAUUUCUGUGUGACUCUGUUACACUCCCUAGUCAUAUGACUGUGACAUGCCUUUUUCUUCUGAGUUUGUGUAUACUCAGCAUGGGGCCAUCCAUUGGAUAGAAGCUGAGAAGCAUGAAUUAUUUGCAUUUGUUGACACAGUUGUCUAGACAUUCCUUCAAAGUUAAUGGUUUCUCAAGGAAAUUCUUUCAAUUCCAUUGUAUGAUAUUGUGCCAUUGUAUAUCUUAAAUGCCUCAUAAGCUUCUUCAAAGAAAUGGUCUGGUGCUUGGGUUAUGAGUGAAGUAUUUGUGUUUGCAGCUAGGAGAUCUUUUAUCAUUUACCCCUGAAGAACACAAAUUUUUGGUUUUCUUUUUUCUUUUCCUUCCUCCGGUGCAAUGCACGGAGAUCUGCAGUGACAGAAUUUAGGAUGCUAAUGUUGAAACAGAGCCUUUUUUGUAGUAAGCCAAGCUAUGUUUUCUAUAUUGCUGCACUGGUAAUGAAUAACAGCUUGUGAGGAUAAGAAACUUGACAUUUAUUUUUUUUUUCCUAAUUAAAAGGAUCCUUAUGGUAACAGAAAUGCUAUCUUAGCUAAUUUGACAAUCAGCCACAACUUUUUCUUAAAAAAUAAAAUGUUACUCUUUUUAAUAAACUUACACAAAAAAGAAUACAAAAUACUAUUUCUAAAAGGAGUGUUGAAGAGAAAGGAACACAGGCAUAUAUUUAAACAUAUAGCCAGCACUUCAUGUUGUCUGGGAGAUUUGAGAUUUCAGAAGUGUAUUCCAGUCCAGACUCUGAGGUGUACCCAUCUGCAAAAACUGUGCUGGCAAUUGUGCAUUCAAACAUUAAAAGGAAUGAAAGAAAUAGGUCAAACUGGGAUCAAUUUAAAUGCAGAAGUUUCACGUGUGUCAUGGUUAACAUUCCAGUUAAUAGCGCAACUGAGUGCAAACACUUAGGAGCAGAUCUUUAGCAGAUGUAAAUUAUUGUAGCUCUGAUAAAGCUAUAGCCAUUUACACAAGCUAAAGAUCUUUUCUAUGACAAUAGGCACGUGAAAUUCGUAUCCUUUUGCCUUAGUGGAAAAAAAUGUGUUUGGUUUACGUAGUCUGUUACUCCUAGUCCGUUAUUCCUGCGAACAACAGGAAGGUAAUCGGGUACCAAUCAUCGGUGCUUUCCCUGGUGGUCAGUCAGUGCAAGACUGCUCUGUUGCCAUCGGUAUGAGAAACUACUGGGAGCUGACAGCACCUCCUUGUUCAGAAUGGUCAUCACCAAUAAAACGACCGUGUAACGAAGGUACGCGAGGUGGCAACAUGCUGAAUUCUUUCAUUCGCUGGAGGGGGAUCCAGCUCUG